AUAUUAUUGCAUAAUAUGACAUUUAAAUAACCUAAUAUUAAAGUACUUAAACAGUAGCCAGGUACGUCGCUAAACUUUUUACUUCUCUUUGAUAUUUUAUGAAUUUUGACAACCAAGUGUAAUUCCUAACUCAUAAGUAAACCUAAAAUGAGUGUCACGUGGAUUUGUUUAUUAAUGAUAAUGAUAGCAUCAUUCAAUGUGUAUCAAGUCCACAACACAGAAAUUAACUCAAAAAGAGGAAUCAUAAUUAAAACAACAAAACGAAUUAAAGAUUCAUUGUUUACUCAGGGGAAACUCUUUAAGAAUGCCAUAAAAAAUCUUCCAACAAAUUUAAGAAGAUUCAUGAGGUGGUUAAAGAAAAACGCACGAAAAGGUAUACAAUGCUUUCGUUCAAAAUCUGAUUUCAUAAGAUGUCAAACUAAUGGAAAAUUACAUUUCCAAAUGAAGAUGGCAACUUGGAACCUACUUCCGAAAUGUAUAAAAAGUAGGUGGUUUAAAACUGAUGUCAGUACCAAAGUAGUGACCUAGCGUAGUCAUUAAAAUGAAUCAAUUAUAAAAAUAAAUAAACUAUAAAAUAUAUAUUC